AUUAGAUCUCACGUAAGAGACCCCGCGCCAAGUCUGGCCUGCCUGAUUCUCCCGCAGGUAACAAUAAUACUUUGGCUUUUGAGUCUGUAUGCUAGCUUCAUAGCGCAAUCUAUUGAUAAAGCAAACCUCAGAAACCCACCACAAAAUGAGUUUUGGGUUUAGUGUUGGAGACUUCCUAGCCGUCAUUGAACUCAUUAACAGAGUCCGAAAAGACUUCGUGAGGGCCUCAGACCAAUUCCCACAAAUUUGCAAAGAACUCGGGCGUCUCGAAAACACUACACGUGAUAUCGAUGUGCUGUUAUCUACACGACAAAUUUCGCAAAAUCAUCAAGAACGUAUUCGCGACAUUAUCCAAGAAUGUAACAGCAUCUUGAAGGAUGCAGACAUGCUAAUAGAUAAGUAUUCUGCCUUGGCAUCUCGAGGAACCAGUAUCAAAGAGAAAGCAACACGACUACGGGACCGAUUGACUUGGGAUCCCGACGAUGUCCACGAACUUCAGGGUCGUAUUGGUGGAAUUCUCGAGUCCUGCAAUCUCCUGGUUGGUAUGCUGAAUGAACAGAAUAUUAUCAAGCUGGUGAAGGGACAGGAACGGCAAGAGCAACGAGAACAGGCUCGCGAAGGCCAAGACCAAAAACGAAUUCAACAACACGUUCUCAACUGGCUUACACCGCUCAAUUAUUCUGCGCAGCAAUUAGACUUGACUAGCCAACGCCAAGCUGGAACAGGCCAAUGGCUGCUUGAUUCGACAGAAUAUAGACACUGGUUGUCAGCAAAACAGGAAGCGCUAUUCUUCCCAGGCAUCCCUGGAGCGGGUAAGACGAUGAUUGCAUCUCUUGUGGUCGAAAGUUUACAUCAACUUCACCGUGACGAUGAGAAUAUCGGUAUAUGUUACAUAUUUCUAAGCUACAAUCAAAAAAACGAAGAUCAAAGGCUUAAUCAGCUUGUUGCUAGUCUACUCCAGCAACUAGCAAACAGCAAGCCGACUCUGGCCGAACCCGUGAGACUGCUUUACGAAUAUCAUGAGACAAGGAACAGUCGGCCAUCUUUUCAAGAGCUUUGCGAUACACUCCAUGUGCUGACAAAAUCUUAUUCUCGAGUUUUCAUCGUUGUCGAUGCACUUGACGAAUUGCAAAUGCAGAAUGAUAGCCUCCGGUCAACAUUGAUAGACGAGCUUCUAAAUCUGUGGUCGAACUUCGAAGUCAAUAUUCUCGUCACUUCACGUUUCAUACCAGAAAUCACAGCGAGGUUCGAAAAGGGCGUAACGAAAGUAGAGAUCCGUGCCCGUAAUGAUGACAUCACUAAAUAUAUGGACGGGAAGUUGCCUACCCUUCCAGGAUUCAUCGCCCGCGACGAAAAUUUCUGGACAGAGAUCAAGCAGAAGAUUGUGGAAUGUGUGGACGGAAUGUUUUUGCUUGCACGUCUCCAUUGUGACGCCUUAAGGGGUCAAGUUACGCGAAAAGCAGUCCGUAAUAUGUUGAACAAACUGUUACGAGGGUCAAGCGCUAGUGACUCCGAGGAGAGCAAUGCGAUGCUUCGCUCCGCAUAUAAAGACGCAUUACUUCGGAUUAAGGGUCAGCCACAGAACCAGGCUGAUCUUGCCUUGCAAACUCUAAUGUGGAUGACUUCCACCAAAAGACCUCUGAAUACUCUGGAGCUGAGGCAUGCUCUUGCAGUUGAGCCGGAUUCUGAAGAGUUUGACGCCGAUAAUCUUCCAGAUCUCGAAGAUAUGAUCUCUUACUGCUGCGGAUUAGUCACUAUUGAUGAAGAAGGCCAGGUUGUUCGACUUGUCCACUACACCACACAGGAAUACUUCGAGCGCGAGCGCAACUCAAUUUUUCCUAAAGCAAACAGCUUAAUCGCGCAGACAUGUCUCACGUACCUAUGUUAUGAUACAUUCGGAUCUGGGGGAUGUGAUACCGAGGAAGAGCUACGGUCCCGACUGCGCGCUUACCCCUUAUAUGACUUCGCUAGUCAUUAUUGGGGGAUCCACGCAUUGUUGGCUUCCGAUUAUCAAUUUUGCUACAAACUUCUCUCAGUUAUAUCUAAAGUCCAAGCCUGCCGUCAAGCAAUGCUCUUCAGAGUAUAUGAUGGUUACGUAUUCGAACCUUACCCAAAUUUGCAACCGAAAGGAUUAGAUUACACAAAUUACCAGCCAAAAGGAUUCUACGACAAAUAUGUCAAAGCAAAAGGAUUCACUGGAUUACAUCUUGCAGCCAUCUUCGGGCUUCACAAAGCAACUCCAAUGCUUCUCGACUUCUACGAUGUAAACGCCUUUGACAGAAAUGGAAAUACCCCCCUGUUUUACGCCAUCGAGAACAACCAUUUACCCAUGGUGGAGGCACUAUGUAACAAUGGCGGCGUGGUCGAAUCUACAGUGGAUGGUAAAACGCUUCUAACAUACGCCGCACUACAAGGAAAUGAACCCAUAGCACGACUCUUGCUCGAAAGAAACGCCGACAUAGAUUCGAAGUCUAAUCGUGGAGUGAACGCCGAAGGUAGAACACCGCUGUCUUAUGCCGCCGAGUAUGGGUUUGAAGCUGUAGCGAAGCUACUCCUUGGACAGUCCGCGAAUUUUCAACAGAGGUGUGAGAAAAACGGUCAGCCACCGAUUGCUUAUGCUGCACGGAAUGGACACGAGUCCGUGGUUCGGCUACUUCUCGAGUAUGGCGCUGAAAUUGACCCAAUGGACAAAUGGGGCCAAUCACCGUUAUUUCAUGCUGCUAUGGAGGGACAUGAGUCUACAGUCCGACUACUUAUUAAAAAGGGUGCCGACGUUAACUCAAGAGAUAAAUGGGGUCGGUCGCCCGUAUGGUAUGCUGCCGAGAUAGGACGAUAUUUAUGAUCUAACGCCCUUAUUAUGUGCUGCAAAUGAAAUCAGAAGCACGCAGACAAUGAUACAAUACCUUGUUGAAUGGGGUGCUGAGACUGAGUCACGACGUGCACGUGGCGAGACGCCCUUGCACCU